GACGUCUCAAGCGCAUCAUCAACAAUAAUACGGGAUAUAAUCAAAAUUUAUCCUCCCGUCGCGUUGUUACAUAGUUCUGGCCCCUCCAUAUUCAGAAGACCAGAGGACAGCAGGCCCACAUAGCCGACGCUCCUCUACAAUGGUUGUCCCGCUCCCAUACACUCUGCGUACACGUUAUGCAUCCAUCGCCAUCGCCUGGACGGUCAUCCUCAUCCCUCCAAUCUUCAUAAACCUCGGUCUCUUCUAUGGUCUCUGGUACACCACCAAUCUCGAUCGGAUCCUUGUCCUCACCCUCCCAACCGCCAUACUCGGAAUCUUCACCAUAAUCGGCAUAGCCGAAAGAAUCUACAAGCUCACCCAAAAGUCUCCGCAAUACCGGCCCCUCAACUCCGGUCGGUUAGGGCUCGAUAUCUUCCAAUGGGGAUAUUUCCUCGCUCUACUCUUAAUCUCCGCCCUUAUCUCCAGCACGCUCGCGCGAGGAGAUACCGACAACGAUGGCCAUGAAUAUCAGAUCCGAUUACUGAGCUUGCCGACGGUUGUACUGAUGUACAUGCUCUCUACCUUAACCCUCCUCUCCUUGAUUGGAAAUGGAUUGGAAGUCAAGCUCCCCUUCCGAUUCGGGAGCUCACCGCCUGGAGAAACGAUCCGUCCUGCGAUAUUCUACAUCGUUGAAGACGUGGUUGCCGUUGACGGGAACGGCGAGAUUGAAUACCGCGAAGCUUUCAAUGCUCGGUAUGAAAGCAGUGAGAUGUUUCGGAACAUGCUUUGGAAUCUGAGUGUAUGCUGGAUGCUGGCGUUUUAUGUGUUGGGAGCAGUGGUUGCGGUGUUAGUGCUGCUGUUGCCGGUGGCAAGCGUCUAUGCUGUUGGGUGGGCGGCGCCCUUCCCGAUUGCUGGGUUGAUGGUUGUGGCGACGAUCUUUUAUGUAAAGAGCGUUAUGAGGAAGGAGGGGAAGGAGGAGGAUGAAGGAGAGGAAGGCUUAGGUGGUGAUGAGAGGGCGCCUUUGCUGAAUGGCGUAGGGUAGGAAAUUAGGACCUUGGAGCUGGCCACUGAUCGCUGAUUAUCAGUCAUUGAAAUAUGAACCCUCAAUUCUUCUGAAAGAACUUUGAAAUAGAGUCAUGUGACUAUCGGUGGCCGAGAUACUCGCGCACAAAAUCCCCUUUUGUUAGGGUCUUGACGCACCAACCAAGUCCGGUAUGCAACGAAAUUCAUGUCCCGAGGAGCGUGAGCUGUCAUUGGUGGGUAAAGUCCAG